UGCGAUCAGUCGCUGUCGGAGCUUCGCUGGUCACGGAGUGCUCUCGACGCUCGAGUGUUUGCGUCUCGCGGGGUUUGUUUGCUUGCGACUCUGUGCAAUGAAAUUCCCUUGAGAUCAAAUAUUUUGCCAGCAAUCGUGCGCGCACCCAUAAAGUGGUUCAAAGGCCAGCCUUGAGCGCAUCACUCGGUCAUCACAAAAAAUAAACAGUUCAGGAAGAGUCGCGCGCGCUCAUCUUCUCUAUCGCAGGAGCGAAGAAUAAUUGUGUCAACAAGAAAUUUGAUCUUGUCUUCGCGGCGCAGCGUUGAAAAAAAAGUGAUAGGCAAAAGGCAUCUGCUUGGCCAAUUAUGGCUUUGAAAAAGAGUGUGUAAAUUGUACGUGAAAGUGAUUUAAUUCAACUUUGCCAGCAGAGAUAUAUUAUUGAAAUAAAAUCACGAGUGGAAAAAAGAUCGCGCAAGCAAGACUUGAGCAAGUUUUGUGUUUGCUCUUUUGUUCGGCCAAAGUUACGUGAAGUGAGUGUAAAGCUGUGACCUUUCCAUUCCGACUUCGGGGUACUUUUGGGUGAUCUUUCUUGGCUACAUUUGUGUGAAGAGAUGAGAGACUGAGAAGAUGGUGAUCGUGGAGGGAAAUUUCGCGAGUGGCCGCGAUGGGAAGAUCCGCCACUAUCCUGGCAAGGCGGUGGACGUGAGCCUGUCACUGGAUCGCGGCAAUGCGAUGGGCGCGCUGUACGAGGCGAAUUGGCUGCACACGCAAGAGACCAUCCGCAAGGUCAAUCGCUCUUGCAAGCCACCCAUCACUGAUGGCAUCUCGUCGCUGGGCAAGUAUCAGAUGACCCUGGAGCAGAUUAAGGCACUGGAGGCGAAAGAUGCCAACAUAACGCGGACCAUUCGUGAGCUGAACGGCUAUCGGCCGUCGACGCUGCGCCGGAAGAACAGGCGCUAUCCGGAGUGGGAGCUGGAGCCACCACUCGUGCGCCACUUCUCCGGCAGCGAGGGCUCCUCGAAUGGGCACACAACGAGCGAGGAGCGCGAGUCGCAGGACAGCAGUGACAGCGUGUAUGGCAAGAAGAGCGAGCGGAAACCUUGCGCACCGACGCAGCAUCUGCCCUUCUGCGGCACGCUGGACAUCAAAGACAUCUUCCGCAGGAGACACAAGAAGGCCGUGCAGAAGCUUCCAGAGCAGCAGCAGCCCUGUGAUAUCUACCAUGACUACGAGGUGAUUGACUUCACGGGCAGAGGCAAGAGUUCGCCACCGAAGGAAGAGAAGGCGGCGACAGUGGAGGAGAAGCCCAAGAAGGGCUUCUUCGGCAUCAUGAGGGCCAAGAGUGUGAGGAUCAAUCCUGUGCCGAAGACCAUUGAGCGCACGCUGAGCAAUCCCAUGGCAAAGAAUGGGAAGGCGUCGAAGAGCGAGAGCGAAUCCUCGUCAUUCUCCUCGAGUUCGUCCAAGUUCAAUACAAUCUCACUGGGCGGACGCCGAUCCAGGCCUCUGCUGCCGCUGCGACGCAGUCCGCCGCUGGUUGAGGAGGUGCAGAAGCCUCAGGAGUCGGCUCAGGAGGAUCCCUUCAGUAUUCCACGGCCCAGACUCAUCGUGCCGGUUCACACGUACGCACGCAAGAGGCGCACAGGGAAUCUAGUGAGCAGCAAGGACCUCGAUCCCGUGGCAGAUCACCGCAAGGAGUCCAAAGAGGGACGCGUUGAGGUGUCGCGCGAGGGGAAAUACCUGUCGACGCUGUCGGGAGCGAAGGUGCUCGGCGAGCUGGCGAUCCUGUACAAUUGCCAGCGAACAGCCACCAUAACAGCUGUGAACGAUUGCAAAUUGUGGGCAAUCGAGAGACAAUGCUUCCAGACCAUCAUGAUGAGGACUGGCCUCAUUCGCCAGACGGAGUACACGGACUUCCUCAAGAGCGUGCCCAUCUUCAAGAGUCUGCCGGAAGAUACGCUGAUCAAGAUCUCGGACGUGCUGGAGGAGACGUACUACCAGAAAGGUGACUACAUCGUGCGUCAGGGCGCACGCGGCGACACGUUCUUCAUCAUUUCCAAGGGCCAGGUGCGCGUGACGAUCCGCCUGCCGGACAGCCAGGAGGAGAAGUUCAUCCGGCUGCUGGGCAAGGGUGACUUCUUUGGCGAGAAGGCGCUGCAGGGCGAUGAUCUGCGCACGGCCAACAUCAUCUGUGACUCCCCGGACGGUGUGACGUGUCUCGUGAUCGACCGGGAGACCUUCAACCAGCUGAUAUCCAAUCUGGAGGAGAUUCGGCACCGCUACGACGACGAGGGAACGCUGGAGAGGGAGAGAAUCAAUGAGGAAUUCCGGGACAUCAAGUUGACGGAUUUGCGUGUGAUCGCCACUCUGGGCGUCGGUGGCUUUGGGCGAGUGGAACUGGUGCAGCUGAACGGUGAUCAAUCCCGAUCGUACGCCCUGAAGCAGAUGAAGAAGGCGCAGAUUGUCGAGACGCGCCAGCAGCAACACAUCAUGUCUGAGAAAGAGAUCAUGGUUGAGGCCAAUUCGGAUUUCAUCGUGAAGCUCUUCAAGACGUUCAAGGAUCGCAAAUAUCUCUACAUGCUGAUGGAGAGCUGUCUCGGCGGUGAACUGUGGACGAUCUUGAGGGAUCGAGGUCACUUUGAUGACGCCACGACGCGAUUCUACACCGCCUGUGUCGUCGAGGCCUUUGACUAUCUCCAUUCCCGGAACAUCAUUUACAGAGACCUCAAGCCGGAGAAUCUCUUGCUGGACGUGCAGGGCUACGUGAAGCUGGUGGACUUCGGCUUCGCCAAGAAGCUGCAGAGCGGCCGGAAGACGUGGACUUUCUGCGGCACGCCGGAGUACGUGGCGCCGGAGGUGAUCCUCAAUCGUGGCCAUGACAUCAGCGCCGACUACUGGUCGCUCGGCGUGCUAAUGUUCGAGCUGCUCACGGGCACGCCGCCCUUCACAGGCUCUGAUCCCAUGCGCACGUACAACAUCAUCCUGAAGGGCAUCGACGCCAUCGAGUUCCCGCGCAACAUCACGCGCAACGCCAGCGCGCUGAUCAAGAAGCUCUGCCGCGAUAAUCCCGCCGAGAGACUCGGAUACCAGCGCGGCGGCAUUAGCGAGAUCCAGAAGCACAAGUGGUUCGACGGAUUCUAUUGGGAGGGCCUACGAACGCGCACGCUGACGCCGCCGAUCCGGCCGGAAGUGAAGAGCGUCACGGACACCACGAACUUCGACGUGUAUCCACCGGAUCCGGACGGACCGCCGCCGGAUGACCUCACGGGCUGGGACAACGACUUCUAGCGGCGCUCCCUAGACAAUUGACCGUUUGCGGGCGACGCCCGAGUUUUGUCUGUUUCACUAUUUGCUCGUUGUAAUUUGUGUACAUUCAUAGUGUUAAAAAUGAAUUAAAUUUUCGUAUAUUUUA